GCGAUUGGCUGGAGAUCCAGGCGCCUGCAGUCCUGCACGUCUUUGGCAUAACAACCCAGUCUCAGCUACGUGAUCUCAAAUGCAUCUUUUUUAUUUUGUCUAAAAACAAAACAAAAACAAAAAUCCACAAAGAAUUAAUUGGAAGGAUAUCCGACUGCCUGGCUGUGAAGUAUGGCAGAAAGCGAGGUGGACACGCCGAGCACCCCGAUCGAGUACGAGAGCAAAUACUUCGAGCAUCAUGGAGUUCGCCUUCCUCCUUUCUGCCGAGGGAAGAUGGACGAGAUCGCCAACUUCUCCCUUAGAAGUAGCGACAUAUGGAUUGUUACUUAUCCCAAAUCAGGUACAAGCCUGCUGCAGGAGGUGGUGUAUCUUGUGAGCCAGGGGGUGGACCCGGAUGAAAUUGGACUCAUGAAUAUUGAUGAGCAGCUUCCAGUCUUGGAGUAUCCUCAGCCUGGUUUGGAAAUUAUACAGGAGCUGACAUCACCUCGUCUGAUCAAAAGUCACCUGCCGUAUCGCUUCCUCCCCACGGCCAUGCACAACGGCGAGGGCAAGGUUAUCUACAUGGCCAGGAAUCCUAAAGACCUGGUGGUCUCCUACUACCAGUUCCACCGCUCUUUAAGAACAAUGAGCUACCGUGGAACCUUCCAGGAGUUCUGUAGGCGCUUCAUGAACGACAAGCUGGGAUACGGUUCCUGGUUUGAGCAUGUGCAGGAGUUCUGGGAACAUCGCAUGGACUCCAAUGUGCUCUUCUUAAAAUAUGAGGAUAUGUACAAGGACUUGGGUAACCUGGUUGAACAGUUGGCACGGUUCCUGGGUACCUCCUGUGAUAAGGCUCAGCUGGAGAGCUUGGUGGAGAACUGCAAUCAGCUGAUUGAGCAGUGCUGCAACUCAGAGGCUCUGUCCAUCUGCAGGGGUCGCGUGGGCCUAUGGAAGGAUAUCUUCACCGUGUCCAUGAACGACAAGUUUGAUAGCGUGUACCGACAGAAGAUGGGGAAGUCCGAUCUCACCUUUGAUUUUGGCUUGUGAACAAACCACGUGGCGAACCGGACUCAACCAAUCAGACCAACCUGCUCGGCUUGACUCUGUCUGCACUGCGGCCACUCGUACACCUUUUCCGCUUUCCCUCCCUUCUUCCAGAUCGAUGGUCUGACUCCGCUUACGUAAUUUUGUUUUCCAAACUCAAUCAUGAACAUGUAUAGCGAAGCUAAAUCUGCACCGAAGUCCAUGAUGUAAAGAUAAUUUCCACUCCCUGAGCUUCAUCAUCAAGUGUGUUUGCAGUGUGUUUGUGUACUACAAUGCAUCAGCAAUGCUUUAAAUGCUUUAGCCUGGUGACUAGUCUGAGUAAUAUGCUUGGUGCAUUAUAUAGUGUAUAGAGCUCCUCUUAUAGUGCACAUUAAUGAAUUGUAUAUUUAUCAAAUAUGGGAAAUAUGUCCUUUAUAUUCUAUACAAUGAAACCUCAUUGCAAAGUCGGAGAGAUAUUCGGAAAUGCCUGAUUUCUUGCUUUUUUUUUGUUUUGUUUUUGUCGCAUUCAGCCGGCCGCAGGUCUGCAUCCUGGCACUGAACGAAAUAUUUGUAAAGCCCUUCACAUUUGUUUCCUAUUUAUGUUGGGAAAAUCCUGAAACUCAGAAAUAAGUAAAAAAUGUAUUACAGUUUAUGUUCCGAUAUCUGUGCAUGUGUGUGUGUGUGUGUGUGUGUGUGUGUGUGUGUGUGUGUGUGUGAGCGUGAGCGAUUAAAAGUGUUUGACCUCUUUAAAGACGCAUUCCAUCAUACAAAAGAAGCAACAUGGUAUCUGGUGCAGGCUGUGUGUUGCAUGUGGGAUGAUGUGUUCUGCUUCAAACUCAGAAUCACCACUUCACCUCCUUAAUCAGUCUCAAAGUUUAGGACAGACAGAUUAAGAGUGCACAGAUCAAACCACUGAACAAGUAAAAGUGUCCUGCCUGAUCAACGUUCUGGUUUCCUAGUAAAUAAACUGGCUAAAAAAGUGGUAGCUAAACUCAUGCAGUGAAGUCUGGUGAGAUAUUUAGAUAACAGAUCGAUGAGAAAGAGUGAAGAAGUCACUGGUCAGUGUUUCAGCUAUAAGUGGAAGAGUUAUAGGACAACUUGACAUUUUUGUCUUUCUUGAAAUGUAACAAAAGUAAUAGCACAUCAUAAAACGAGAUAACAGACAAAAAAAAGAAUUAAUGCCACAUCCAGUAAGCAGAUAACCAGCCAACGCAACAUAUAUUAAAAUGAGAUAACCAGGAAUAAUAACAUAUCUUGAAGCAGGAUGACCAGAAAUAACAAAUCUCAAAAUGAGAUAACUAGAAACCAAAACAUGUCUAAAGAUGAGAUAACCAGAUCACAUUCUUGAAACAAGAUAAACAGAAAUAACAAGUAUUGAAUUGAGAUAGCUCGACAAAACAUGUCUAAAAAUGAGAUAACCAGAAAUAGCAACAUUUUUAGAAAUGAGAUAAGCAGACAAAACAUGUCUAAUAACGAGAUAAUGAAUAAGGAAUAAAGAAAUAACAUAUCUGGACACGAGAUAACCAGACAAAAGUCUUGAAACGAGAUAACCAGACAUAGAAACGUCUAGAAAUUAGAUAAUCAGAAAUCACAACACAUCUUGAAACAAGAUAAUCAGAAAAAACAACAUUUCUAGCAACAAUAUACCCAGAUAUAACAAUAUUUCUUUCGAGAUAACCAGACAAUUCAUAUCUUGAAAUCUAUCUUGAAAACCAGAAACAACAUGCCUUAAAUGAGAUAAGCAGAAAAAGCGAGAUAUCUUGGAACAAGAUAACCAGAAAAAAAGACCUACCUUGAAAUUAGAUGAUCUGAAAUAAUGACAUAUCUUGAAACGGGAUAACCAGACAAAACAUCAAAUCUUGAAUAAUGAGAUUUCAAGAAAUAACAUAUCUGGAAACGAGAUAACCAGAUAUAACAAAGCGAGAGAACUAGACAGUGAAUAUCUUGAAAUUAGAUCAGCAAAAACAACACCAUGCCUUAAACAAGACAACCAGGAAUAAAUAUCUAUCUUGAAAUGAGAUAAUGAGAAUCAAUGACAUCUUUAAAUGAGAUAACCAGACAAAAACAGCACAUUUUAUAAUGGGAAUACUGGGAAUUAGAACAGGUCUAGAAAUUAGACAUCAGAAAAAACAUGUCCUGAGAUAACACCCCCCAAACCCAAACCCACACACACACACACACACACACACACGUCAUCCAUGUACAAGAGCAAAAUCCAGGAAUGUGAUAUGAACAAGGAGUGUGAAAAUAAACAUGUAGAAAUAAACAGCAAAUAAAAUAAAACUUUUUUGAGACCA